CUCGCCGCGGCCCUCAGCAGCGCACGACGCUACAGCCGUUCUCCUUUCACCGACGCGGUCGCCAUGUCCGCCCUGGCGAAAGCCUCCGGCGCUCUCAAGUCGGUGGAUUAUGAAGUGUUCGGGCGAGUGCAAGGUGUUUGUUUCAGGAUGUACACAGAAGAGGAAGCUAGGAAAUUGGGAGUGGUUGGCUGGGUUAAAAAUACCAGUCAAGGAACUGUAACGGGCCAAGUCCAGGGCCCAGAAGAUAAAGUAAAUGCAAUUUGGAAGCAAGAAGGAUUGCAAGGUUGCACUGGAUUGAACUAUAAACACGGGAAAUCGUGGCUGAGUAAAGUUGGAAGCCCAAGUUCUCGCAUAGAUCGAACAAGUUUUUCCAAUGAAAAGGAGAUUUCCAAGCUUGACUUCUCAGGAUUUAGCACUAGAUACUAAUAGAAGAAAACAUUGCUAAGCACAAAACGACGUAUCUGCUGCAUGAUAUUUUCCAUGCCUCCAUAAAACGUCAUAAGAGCAUUUGGAUGCUUUCUGUCCUAGAGAUGAAUAUAAAUGGUCCCUGUUCACACGAAGUAGGAAUUCUUACUUGCUGUAUUAGACAUUUUAUACCAUGAAUGUCAAUAUCUAAUAUCUAAAAUGCCAAUAUAUAAUUUGUUGCAUCUUGAAAGCCAGAUAAAUGGUUGCAAGCGUCAGUGAUUAUUUGUGCACAAUGAGAUUUGUUAUAUGUAACCAUAUAGAAUCUAAUCUUUAUGCUGUGAUUCGUAUUUUAGAUACAAAACAAUAAACUGAUGUUCUACUGUUUGUAAUCACACCAAAAACACUUACCUACAGAACUGGAACACUGAGAGAUCUCUUCUAACAGCUCUGUAUUAUAGAUCAUGUUAUUUGUGAUAAUUGAUUAAGUGAGAGUGUAAUUUAAAAUAAACAUAUGUUACCUCAACCUAAGAUUAUCUAACCAGCUCUGGUUUAAAAUUCUGUAUAACAAUGCAGAUAAGCCUUGGAACAAGACGAUGAAAUGCUUGGCCUCUCACCUGUUUUCCCUUGUCUACCCACAGCUUACAUCUGUACUGACUGUAAAGGAAGUUUUGCUCUUUUUGCUUUUUUGAUAUUCUUACUAACUGAAGAUUUCAGUUGUUUUCCUUACUGAUGUGCAUAUGCUCCUUAGUUAAGAAUGUAUGUUGGAACCUGAUUGAACUUCAUGCAGCCAUAUAGAUCAUACCAAGUACAUGCAAGGCCCUUAGAAACCUGAGUUAUGUGCUUGCAAUAAAUAUUGGUUAAGCCUUCGCA